AUUUAAUUUCUGGGAUUUUGCUGUGAAAAGCCAAAAAAAUUGGAGGUGUGUUUGGUGCUUGAGAACGUGGAUUAGGGCACCCUUUUUUUCUGGCAUAGAAUACCAAAGUUGCAGUUCAACUUUUGCUUUUUGCUUUAUUUAUUUUGAGGUCCCUCUUCUUUUUCUUUUUUAUCUUUCUGGUCUGGAUUCUUUAUUAAAGAACAUCAUCUCUCACCUUUGAUUAGAUUUCUAAAUGUUUACAUUAGUGAUAUAUAUAAUAUAAAAAGCCAUGGAUUUGGAGUAUAAUAAAGUGACCUCUGCUUUUCCACUAUGUAAAAAGUGAAUCAAGAAUAUUUUACUUUUUUUAACUUUUUUAUUUUAUUACUUUUUUUUUUUAAUUAAAGAUUUUUAAUUUAGUAUGUAUAGUUGAAUUACUUUCCACCUUUAACAAUUUCUUGCACAACUUCUUCAUUCACAAGUGAUCUACUGUCUUAACUGUACUUGUUUUUCCUGUAAUAAUCUCUUUCCAAUCACUAAAAUCAUCAAAAGUUGAGCUUCAUUUGAUUUUCAUUUCUUUCUCACUAAGUCAAUUAUAUUACCUUUAAAAAACCGCAAAUUCGAGGCUUCCCCGUAAAAAGACAAUGGAACUCCAGUCUCGAAUAGCGGCAGUCACGAGUCUCGUUCUACUUCUCACAAUAUCUUCCACCGUAAACUCCGAUCUCGACUCCGACGCAGAAGCUCUACUCGAAUUCGUGGCUAAAGUACCGCACGCUCGAAAACUCAACUGGAAUUCAACCAACUCAAUAUGCAAUUCUUGGAUAGGCAUCACUUGCACAAAGGACAAAACUCGAGUCCACGGUAUACAUCUCCCCGGUAUAGGCCUAUUCGGUCCGAUCCCAUCCAAUACCAUCGGAAAAUUGGACGCUCUCAAAACCCUCAGUCUCCGAUCAAACUAUCUCAACGGAAAUUUCCCUCGCGACAUUCUCGAAAUUCCGUCACUUCAAUCACUAUUCCUUCAAAACAAUAACUUCUCUGGUGAGCUCCCUCUAACUUCUCUCUCUCCUCGAUUAAGCAUAAUCGAUCUUUCCUACAAUUCUUUCACCGGUGAGAUUCCGUUCGCACUCGAGAACUUGACGAGACUAAGCGUUUUAAACCUCGAGUACAAUUCGUUUUCUGGAGCUAUACCGAAUCUUGAUCUUCCGAGGCUUGUAAAAUUGAAUUUGAGCCAUAAUUCGUUGAACGGCUCGAUUCCUUACACCCUCCGGAAGUUUCCGGAUUCUUCGUUCGAAGGAAACGCUCGUUUAUGCGGUCCACCUUUGGCUUCGUCUUGCUAUGCUUUAUCUCCUUCUUCGCCUACACCCGAAAACAGUUCUCAAGGACUAAUAAAGGCUUCAAACUCUAGGAAACUUAGUUUACGAGCGAUCGUUGCUAUAGCUACUGUCGGCGGUUCUCUUACGAUUCUUCUAUUUUCGGCGAUUCUGUUCUUCUGUAUCAAGAAGAAGAAGAACAAAGGUGGUGGCAAGACUACAUUGAUCAUAGCCAAGGCAUCUAAUAUCGGAAAAAACGAGAAUUUAAAGUCGGCGGAUUUCGGAAGCGGAGUACAAGGGUCCGAGAAGAACAAGCUCGCCUUCUUCGACGGGUGUUCGUUGAGCUUCGAUUUAGAGGAUUUGCUUAGGGCUUCGGCGGAAGUUCUUGGAAAGGGGACCCACGGUACGGCUUACAAGGCCAUCUUGGACGAGUCGACCACCGUUGUGGUGAAGCGGUUGAAGGAAGUUGGUUCCGGAAAGAAGGAAUUCGAGCAGCAAAUGGAGGUCGUAAACGUAAUCGGCCGCCACCCAAAUGUGGUGCCGCUCCUCGCUUACUAUUUCUCCAAGGACGAAAAGCUUCUGGUUUACGAGUACAUGCCAGCUGGCAGCUUGUCUUCCGCUUUGCACGGUAACAGGGGAACGGGGAGAACCGCGUUGGAUUGGGAGACGAGGCUGAAUAUAACCCUCGGAGCGGCACGUGGGCUCGCGCACAUCCACUCCGACGGCGGGGCGAAACACACGCACGGCAACAUCAAAUCAUCCAACAUACUCCUCAACGAAUCCCUCGACGCUUGCAUCUCCGAUUUCGGGCUGAACUCUCUAUCGAACACCACAGCGCCGGCCGUGAAGUACAGAGUCGCCGGCUACCGAGCGCCGGAAGUGAUCGCGGAAUCGCGAGUGAAAGCCUCCGCGACGCAGAAAUCGGACGUGUACAGCUUCGGUGUCGUACUGCUCGAAAUGCUGACGGGGAAAUCUCCGAUACAGUAUUUGGGGUACGACGAGGUGGUGGUGGAUCUGCCGAGGUGGGUGAGAUCGGUCGUCCGGGAGGAAUGGACGGCUGAGGUAUUCGAUGUGGAGUUGAUGCAGUAUCGGAAUAUCGAAGAGGAGAUGGUGCAGUUGCUGCAGAUCGGGCUGUCGUGCGUGGCCAAGGCGGCGGAUGCGCGGCCGAGCAUGGAUGAAGUUGUGAGGAUGAUUGAGGAUAUUCGAGCCGAUAAAUAUAGGACUUCGUCGGAGGAUAACAGGUCAAAAGACUCUACUGCCCCUACUCCAUGAUUUGAUUCAUUGGUUGAUUCAAUUCAAACUAUAUAAAUAGGUAUUAUUCUUGAUUUCAGUAUUUGUUUUUUUUAAGAAGUGUAAUUUAAAGAUUAAUAAGAGGCAUGUUUGGAA